CACGGCUUUGCGCAUGUGCAACUUCGCCUGUACUGGACAUGCAGAGACGUCCUGUUGCACGUCAGCCGCAUAUGCACAUCGCGGCCAACCUGUCCCUUGCAUUUGCUGACCCAUUAGACAGCCUGCCCUCCGCAUACUGGGUCCGCGUCAGCGAAAGCAGGCCAAGACCCCCGGCCAAUCUGGUGUGCAUACAGCCUCCCUAUGGCUCCAAAGAGGCAACAGAAGGACACGCCGGGAAUCAGGAGUGGCUGCCUCAUUUGCAAGAGGCGGAAAACAAAGGCUGACGAGAAGGAACCGUAUUGUCUACGGUGUACCACGACUCGUCUCCUUUCGGGCAGUCAACCCAUUCCUGGUUCCCAACGCCCUACGCCACCACCAAGACCAAAACCACUUGCUGAAACUGCAACUGACCCACAGCAAUGCUACGAAUCUGUACCGAAACGUGGUCAUCUUGGAGUUCCUGGUCAUCAUAUCCUAUGGACGCCUGCCCUCAUCACCUCGAGCUCUCAGCAAGCUCUAUACCUAGACGUGUUCCGUUACAAGGUAGCCCCGAGCUUUCCAGACCGCAAGUUUUGGACCCGCAUCGUCCAGCGCGAAGCCAUCUAUGAUGAGAGCAUUCGUGACAGUGUCGUCGCCCUUGGCGCGCUGUGGCUGGCGCGGGAACGUGAGCGGGAACGGAGCACCCGAGUGAGGCUUGUUCAAGGUGGCAAGAGCGACACGCUCCCCUGCUGCGAUUUGAAUAUGGAUGUGAACUCCCACGAGGCUUCAAGGCAUCAUGCCCGUGCAAUGGCUACCUUCCGCAAACGCCUUAUAGACCAUGGUCGCACGGUCGCCUCCAGGAGCAUCUUCAUCGCGACAUACCUCUUUGUCAUAUAUGAACAGAUUCAAGGCAAUGGCGCAGAAGCCGACCGGCUGCUCAUUUACAGCAUGAGCCUGAUGUAUCAACACCUGGCAGUGUUCAAGGCCAAUGAGCAGGAAUGUCCCAAGCUCUCCUCAGCGCUCGCUGCGAAGCUCGACGACGACGGCUUAGCUGAAGCCGAGAGGUGCUUUACGCACUUGGCACUGGUGAACCCCAGCGGGCAGCGGAUAUCCUCCGGGGAGGCAGCUUCCAGAGAACUUGCAAGCCACAUCAUCACUGCAGUCUUGCCUGACCCUGGCUGGCCGACCGAUGUUCUCCUUAUGGAAUGGGAUUUAUUCCUUACCCGCGCGGGAAUAUGGGUUUUCCGGCUCGCCCCCGAGGCGCUUUUCACGGAACGCGACUUUGUCGACGGAAGACCUGAGCUUUCCCGGGCCAUAAACAUAGGUCAGAAGGCUUGGAAGUCGAUAUUUGAAGCCAGAAUCGCCAUGGAAGAAUGUGCUUCAAGUCGAGCGGCACUGAACUCGGCCCUGGCGAACGCGCUGAUGCUGUACAUUUGCUGGAAUUGUGUAUUCGACCAUACUGAAAUGGCGUGGGAUGCGUACACUGCAGACAUCAAGGCCGUGAUGGACCUUUUGGAAAGAGCCGAAGGCCAGCCUCUGCAGCCCCAGCAUGAGAGCCUCCGCAUCCCAACACCACACCCGCUCUACUUCAUCUUGCAAAAGUGCCGGAUCUUCGAGGCCAGGCAGCGCGCACUGCGGAUGAUGCGGCGUGCCGUGAAAGCCGAGGCGAGCUGGCACACGAGGAUCAUGCUUGAGGCCUGUGAAGCCCACAUUGCACAGGAAGAGAGUGGCCGGGAUGCGCGCACCGGCAUCAUUCCUGCGCCAAAGCGGUUAUUGUGGACGACAUAUUCAUGGGACGAUGGAGGCACACGGCUUGCCCUUACCUUGACGGCAGCAGUGCCCGGCGCAGACGGGAAACGAGCAACAAAGACGAUUCACCUCCAGCCAAGUCAGCUCAAUGGCACAACGUAGCUAGUCGUCGGCUUUGUAACAUGAUGGCUGGACACAAAAAUCAGCUCUGAGACGGACGCAAGGAACUGCUUCGUCCACGUGGUCUGGAACGUACCUUGCCAAAGUAAGCACAGUACAAAGCAUCGCGAAUGUGUAUCAAUCUGGUAAUCCCUUGACACAUCGCUUGCAUACUCGAGAUGUCAAACCUGCAUAUUCUUGCACUCCAGUACUAUGGGUAAAGAGGGGUG